UGCUCUAUAAAACCAGAGGAGACACAAACACACCAACACACACACCGAGCUGCUGCCGAGGAAACCAUGGGUGUCUACAUCUCAGACAUCUUCUCCAGGUCCAAGAUUUUAAUGGUGGGUCUGGACGCAGCAGGGAAAACCACUAUCCUGAACAAACUGAAGCUGGCUGAGGUCGUCACCCCCAUCCCAACUAUUGGUUUUAAUGUAAUGACAGUGGAGUACAAGAACAUCGUUUUUACAGUUUGGGAUGUCGGUGGUCAGUCAGUCAUCAGACACUUGUGGAGACAUUACUACGUAAACACACAGUGUCUGAUAUUUGUGGUCGACAGCACCGACCCUGAGAGGAUCAAAGAAGCUGCUGACGAGCUGCACAAAAUGUUACAAGAUGACGAACUGAGAGACGCAACCUUACUGGUGUUUGCUAACAAACAGGAUUUACCCCGAGCCUUGCCAGUCAGUGACAUCACAGAGGCCCUGAGCCUAUCAGGAGUCUCACAGCCGUGGUUUGUCCAGGCGUCCUGUGCCGUGAGCGGUACGGGUCUGGCCGAGGGUCUGGACUGGCUCUCCAACCAGAUCAAGUAGAGGCUGAUCUGCUUUCUUUUUGUUCUUUCCUGCUGAGUCUUCAAACACAUCAGGCCGGUCUGAUGUGAACUGAACCGAGCCCGUUAAGAAGAGAAACAUAAGAGAUCCCUCGUUACUUUGACUCAUUAAAUCAUCACAGAGGGAUUUUUAGUGCUGCGUUCACUGCACACAGAAAAGACCGUAAAUCACAGACGUCUUCCUUCUGGGAAACACUUACAAUACCAGUUUGUGCCACAUUUGUGUCAUUUUACAAGAAUUUAAAAAGAUGGCGAAAUAAUGUGAAUUUCAAGUUAUAUUUAUGAACUUUUAUGAACAGCCUUUGUUACCAUACAUGCAUUAUUUUAUUAGUUUAACUACUGUCAUUGGUGAAUUCACUGCACUGUUUUUCUCUCCUGAAAUUUGUUACAUUCUGUCUGAACGUAUAUAAAACAUUGCUACACGUCCUACAUGUUUUAUAAUUAGCUCUAAAAGGCAGAUAAUGUUUUUAUAUGUUCUCUUUUAUAUGAUAAAUCCAGUUUAAAAUAAACAGAUCUGUGGCCUUAAUAAUGUCUGAUAUCACCAGAAAGGAAAGUGUAGAAACGAGUUGAUCAAUGUCAAAUAAAGACAAAUAUCACAAUAAUUAAUCAAUCACAGCUGAUAAAAUGACGCUGGAGUCAAAUGUCCGUCCAUUAAGGUUUGAAAUCACAGUUUUGCACUAUUGAUAUCAUUUUUAGGAAACAAAUGUAACUGCACUGAUUCUCUUUAUCUUUUAUUUAUUUCAUUCAUAUUAAUUCUGUAAUAAAAGUUGUUACGAUGA